AUGGCUGAAACUGAGAAUUCAUCACCCGAAAUAUUCAUACCUGACGAAUGGUCUAAAGCAGCGGAAGCCAUAACCAAAAAUUCAAAUUCUUCAAACCCUCCAUCCGUUUUUGUUUGCGGCCCCAAAAACAGCGGCAAAACCACUUUCUCCCGCCACCUUCUCAAUGUCCUGCUUCAAAGGUACAGCAAAGUUGCUUACCUUGAUACUGAUGUUGGGCAGACGGAAUUUACUCCUCCUGGUCUUCUAUCGCUUACCGUGGUUGACAAAGUAACUCCAGAUUUGACAAUUCCAUGUCUCAAAACCCCCGACAGAUGCUUUUUCUUCGGUGAUAUCUCCUCAAAAAGGAACCCAACAGCAUAUUUGACCUGUAUAUUUUCCCUGUAUGAUCACUAUCGAAAAGAAUACUAUAUGAAAUGCACAACUGACAGCCAGGAUAGUGCUGGAUUGCCACUUGUCAUAAAUACCCCUGGCUGGGUUAAAGGUAUUGGUUAUGAAAUACUGGUGGACAUGUUGAAGUAUGUGUCUCCUACACAUGUGGUUAAAAUUUGCAUUUCGUCCAAGAUUAAGAACUUACCAGCUGGGGCAUUUUGGUUAGACGAGGGAAAUAUAGAUAAAGUUACCGUCAUUGAGAUCAAUUCUGCUCGUCGGGACCAUUUGAAGAGAUCGUUGCUGGUACACAAAGAUUCUCGUCAUCUGCGAGAUUUACGUGUAAUGGCAUACUUCAGACAAUGCUUUCCUAGUGAGAUGAAUAUCUCCACAAUUAAGGAACUUGCUCGUGCAUUAGCCGCUCACCCUCCUUAUGAAAUUUCUAUAUCAAGUAUCAAAAUAAAACAUAUUCAUUGUGAGGUACCAAAGACUGAAACUUUCUACAGCUUGAAUGCGACUAUUGUUGGUCUGGCAGUUAGUUCUGGAGUUUCCGACCAAUUACCUCAUUGUGUUGGCUUGGGAAUUGUGAGAGGCAUUGACACUUUCAAAGGUUUGCUCUAUGUUAUUAGCCCCGUCCCACAGCAGACUUUGGAGGAUGUUGAUCUUUUGCUUCAAGGCUUCAUUCCAAUUCCUACUUGUUUACUGCAGAUACAAGGCUGUAUUUCCCCUUACUUGUCUGCAAAUGUCCUAUCUACUAAUUAG